AUGUCAGAAGUGUAUAGCAUCGAACCGAAAACACAUGGUAAGGUAAUAAUUUAUACAAGUUUAGGAGAACUAGAGAUUCAUUUAUUUAGUAAUGAAUGCCCAGAAGCAUGUAGAAAUUUUAUUCAACAUUGUUUAAAUAAUUAUUAUAACAAGAAUGAAUUUUUUAGAGUAAUUCCUAGAUUUUUAAUACAAACGGGGGAUCACACAAAUACAGGAUUGCAUAAUGAAUAUGCCUUUAGUAGUCCCUUCAAAAAUGAAUACAACAGUAGAUUAAAAUUUUUAUACACAGGGUGUUUAUCUUUUGCAAACCUAAAUAUCGACAAACCUUCGAAUGGAAGUCAAUUUUUUAUCACAUUAGAUAAAGCAGAAUAUUUAAAUAAUAAGAACACGUUAUUUGGAAAAGUAGCUAAACAUAGUAUUUAUAAUUUAUUAAAAUUUAAUAAUAUAAAAACCAAUAAACAUGAUAAACCAAUUGAAGAUAUUCCAUAUAUUGAAUAUGUGAAAAUUAUUGAAAACCCAUUUCAUCAUUUAGUACCAAGUAUUAAUUAUGAAUAUAAUACAAAGAAUCAAAAUGUAAAAGAUAAAAAUGAAUAUUUAAAUAAAACAAAAAAAAAAAAAGAAGAAAACCUUUUAUCCUUUGAUUGUGAUCAGGAACUAAGUGAUGAUUCGGAAACAUUCUUCAGAGGAGAUAAGGAUCAAACGGUUAAACAAAAAAAUGUGUCAUCGUUUGAUAAAUUUGGGGAGGUGGAAGAUGAUAAAGGGAAAGAUAAUAAAGGGGAAGAUGAUAAAGGGGAAGAUAAUAAAGGGGAAGAUAAUAAAGGGGCAGAUAAUAAAGGGGAAGAUAUUAAAAGGGAUGAAAAAAAUAAUAAAACAAUUGAAGACAAAAUAAACACCUUAAAAAAGAGAACGUGUGAUAUAGAAAAUUCAAAUAGGAAAAAAAAUAAAACAUCAUCAUCCAUAAAGGAUAUAAUUAAUAUGGAUGAAGAGUAUUUAAAGAAUAUGAAAAAGUAUAACAAGAUGUCUAAAAAGGAGAGAGAAAAAUUGUCUUUGAAAAAACUUCAAGACUUUGAUAAUCGCUUGAAGGACCUGUUCUCCAAAG